UCUUCUGCAGUCAGUGAGUGCACAACAGUAAGCUAGAAAGUGUUUAUCAACCCACUCCUUGAAGACAUUUAUAUAACUCUCUCCGGACAGAUAACAUUCAGUUCUUGUACAACAGUGCAGUUCAUCUAUUCAGUUACAGUUCUUGUGGACCUUCAGAAAUGCACUUCACUGUCAACAUAGCCCUCUGGGCAGUGUUUAUGAUAUGCAGAAGUACAGCUGAAGAGGCAUCUUGGUCUUGGGCCGACGACAAGAAUCAAGGAGCCAUGAAUAUAAACGAACAGUUUGAUCAAGACUUACAUCCAGAAGGCAGCGAAAACAAAGAGAGCAUAGUAAAUUUGAAUGACACACAAAUAGGUCAAAUCAUUGACGAAAUUUUGGAUUCUGGACGACAAGGAAGGAGUUUGGACGGGUUUGAUGAAGUUUAUGCUGAUCCAAACGUACAAAAUGCUCUGCAGAAGGGGGAUGAUGGUGAAGCAAGGAAUAUUAUCAAAGAUAGGCUUUGCUAUUUAGGACUUAUGCAGUGUGAGGAAGAUAUUGAAGGAAAAAGACCAUUCAUUGCUCCCGAAGAUCUACAGUAUGCUCAACCUGUCGCAAUUAAUCCUAUUGGUAGACCCAUCCCAACAAUCCCAAUAAGAGGCCCUAAGAGAGGAACCUAUGGUCCACCAAGGCCCGUUCAUGUACCUCAAAAUGGUGGAAAAUACCCUCCUCCGAAUUUCGCUCCACCAAAUAGGUUUGGUCCCAACCUGAAUACAAAUCCUAACAAACCACCUCGUCGUGGCUAUGGUGCACCUAGUAAACCUUUCUAUGGAAACAAACCUCCCAGUCCAGUUUACAAUGGAGACUACUCACCUGUAGAAGAUAUUCCAUAUGCUUUCGAAAUUGGAAGUCAAUCAAGUCAUUCAGAAUCACAUUUCCAGUCUUCCCUUCAAAAAGACAAAAUAUUCCCAGGAGACAAGGCAGGAUCGAAAAGUGACUCAUUUGGUGCUCCAGUUCAACACGUCCAUCACCAUUACCACCACGACUCUGAGAAUUCCGAUAAAACACCAACAGUUAUUGUGAAACCUGUCCCAGUUCCAGUACCUGUAUCAUCUUCAUCAAACUCUUAUGAGAGCUUCAACACAAAUUCUGGUACUCAUCUUGCAUUCAAGCCUUCAGUUCAAAUUGGAGGUUCUGGUUUGAAUAGCGGUUUAUACGGUAGUCAGUCUUCUGGAGGUCUGACUAUUGGAGGUUCCGGCUUGAAUUCAGGUUCAUAUGGUGGACAAUCUUCAGGCGGAUUGACAAUUGGCGGGUCAGGAUUCAGCUCAGGAUCAUAUGGAGGUCAAACACUCGCAAGUUAUGGUGGCGCUAGUGGAAAUAAUGGAAUUGUGAAACCAGUAUCAGAGAACUUUGGCGGUCAGAACUACGGCUCCAAUCAAUAUGGUUCCAGCAAUUAUGGAUCUUCGUUUGGUCAAUACAGCACAAAUGAUUUCUAUAAAAAAGAAUUAAACUUGAACGGAAAUUCUUUAACUACUAACUAUCUCCAAGGAGCCCAUUCCGACAAUUAUAACAGUCAAUUUGGGAAUUCUGAUGACUGCGUUUGUGUUCCAAUUAAUCAAUGUCAAAACCACGACGUCAUUGGUCGUAAAGACGACUUGUACUUAGCUAUCGAUCCAAGAAAUAUCAAGAGUGACAUACAGGCUGAGGAAGAACGGGUCAUCACUGAUGCAAAUGGAACAAUGACGGUGGUUACCGUUCCAGUAGGUUCUAAUCUCAAUAUAACUGAACUAUCGGCCGACAAAAAGAAUACUGAGGAAGUAAAGAAGAUCAGCAAGAGGGAAGCACCAAUUUACAACAGUACCGUUAGUAAAACCUCAGCCAAAGCAGAAGCACGUCAAUAUGGUCAAAAUAUCAUGAAUGAUUUUAUGAACAAGAAAAUCAAGCCCACGUUUGGAGUUUCAUUCGGUUUACCUCACCAAGGAGCUGGGGGUUAUCCAAUCAGCCCUUAUGGUCCUAAUCCUUUGGUGAAUCCUUAUGGAGGGGUUGUUGGUGGGGGUGGGAUCAAUCUGGGAUUGGUUUCUGUGAAUCCUUUGAUUUCUGUACAAGUAACGAAGGAUGAUUAUGGGCAUAAAGAAAUCAAACCAUUUAUAAACCUUCAUGUUACUCCCAAUGAUUAUCUCGUUCAUAAGUUCGAGGACUUGAUACAUUACAAAAAGGGUUAUGUCUACAAUAAGCAUAAGCACGUUCAUUAUCAUAAACCUCUUUAUAAGCCCUAUGGAUAUGUUCAUCAACCUCAUCCUGAAAUAUACAGGCCAUAUCCACCACAUUUUGAAACGGGGCCUGUUUACGAAGGUCCGCAUCAUCUACAUGAAAGUCCUGAAUUUGGAAGACCUCCAAUUGUUGAUGAGUAUCCUGGGCCUUUUGUAAAUGGAGGGCAUAAUCCAGAGUCUUAUUAUGAUGAUCCUUCAAAUUAUGGUGGGGGGUAUUCUGGAUAUGAUGACUUUUACGGCAGAACAGCAAUAAAUAUAAGUAGCUUGAAAAUCGUAAAUGGUAAUGCGAUUCAUGAUCAGUAUUUCAAAAAUUAUUAUGACGGACAGAAAAACUAUGGCGAAAAUAAUGGACAAUUACAAUAUUUCUCAAAUGGCUAUGAGGCAGAACAAAAUCCUGAUAGAUUAUUAAGUUUAUCGGAUACUUCAAGACGUGGUAAAUCUUUACAACCAAAGAAUACAGUGAAAUUUCCAAUAAACAGAAGACGACGAGACACUACUCAAAAGACUGAACAUACAAUUGAAAAGCGUCAAGGAUACUUUGGUGGUCAACAAGUCUGCGGACCAAGACAUGUUUGCUGCAGGAAGCCACGUCAACAAAAUCAUAUAAACAGUUUUGGUUCUAGCCAAUGUGGUGUUAGACACUCAACUGGAAUAAAUGGUAGAAUAAAGACUCCAGCCUAUGUAGAUGGUGAUAGUGAAUUUGGAGAGUAUCCAUGGCAAGUUGCUAUUUUGAAGAAAGAUCCUAAGGAAAGUGUUUACGUAUGUGGAGGAACCCUCAUUGAUGCACUCCAUAUCAUCACAGCUGCACAUUGUGUCAAAACCUAUACCAACUAUGAUCUGAGAGUACGACUUGGAGAAUGGGACGUAAACCAUGAUGUUGAAUUCUAUCCAUACAUAGAAAGAGAUAUAGCUGCUGUUACAGUUCAUCCAGAAUUCUAUGCCGGUACUCUUUACAACGAUCUCGCCAUCCUCCGAAUGGACAAACCUGUAGACUACAACAAGUAUCCUCACAUCAGUCCAGCUUGCCUUCCAAACCCCAGAGAUGACUAUACUGGUACAAGAUGCUGGACCACCGGAUGGGGAAAAGACGCUUUCGGUGAUUUCGGUAAAUACCAGAACAUUCUGAAGGAAGUUGAUGUUCCAAUCGUUGGUCAAUCCCAGUGCCAUAGACAGUUGCAGCAAACAAGAUUAGGUUAUGAGUUCAAACUCCAUCCUGGUUUCAUUUGCGCCGGUGGUGAAGAAGGUAAAGAUGCCUGCAAAGGAGAUGGCGGUGGUCCAUUGGUGUGCGAAAGGAGCGGAACCAUGCAGUUGGUCGGUGUUGUCAGUUGGGGUAUUGGAUGUGGACAGUACGGAGUACCUGGAGUCUAUGUUCGAGUAGGCCACUACUUGGACUGGAUCCGACAAGUUACUCAGAUCUAUUGAGAUUGUGAUAAGAAUCUAGAACUUAGUUUCUCUUGUUUAUAAUUGAUAAUUUAUGUUAUGUAAGUUUAUUUAAACUAUUUAUUCGUUGCUUUUUUAUCAGUUUCAGAAUCAUAUUUGAUUUGUUAACUGAAUGCAGUAAUGCCGUUGUGCAUAUUUUAUAAUGUUGUAUAUCUUAAAUAAACAAAUUAAGGAAAGAA